AUGUCAGAAACCACAAUCAGUCCUAGAAACAACUUUAGCUUCAACAUCAAUCCCAAUGGCAGUAUAUCCACCACAUCUGCCACUACUGCCACCAUAGUCAGCACUGCCAGUCACAACAACACCCCUCAAAAACGUAUAAGAGCCACUGGUGAAGUGUUGAACUUUCUAAUACUGGAGUUUGAAAAGAACCCUAGUCCUAGUCCUGAUCGUAGAAAGUAUAUUAGUGACAAGGCACAAAUGAAUGAAAAGGCAGUCAGAAUAUGGUUUCAAAAUAGAAGAGCUAAACAAAAGAAACACGAAAGAAGUUUAAGACAAGGCCACUCAUCAGUGUCAUCAGCCGCAUCUUCGUCUUCAUACUCAUCAGCAUCAGCAUCAGCAAACACUGCUAUUAGCUCAUUUGGUAAAGAUUUGGCUUCACAUCAUACUACAUUUGAUUUCAUUCAAAAACACGUACCCAUUGAAAUCAAUGAAAAAUACUCAUUUAUCGAUUGUACUUCACUAUCAGUCGGAUCAUGGCAAAGAAUCAAGAGUGGAAUUCAUAAACAACUGUUGUUGCAAAAUAAUUUAAUUAAUCUAUCACCAUUCAAUUUAAACAACGUUAUGCAACAAGUUGAUUUAUUGGUUUUACUUUCAAGAAAGAAUCAUGAAUUGAAUUAUUUUUUUCUGGCAACUUCCAAUGAUUCGAGGAUUUUAUUUCGCAUUUUUUAUCCCUUAACAGCCAUUUCCAAUUGUUCAUUACAUGAUAACAACUUAGUUAAUCAACAGCAUAACCAUGAUAACAACAACAGCAACAGCAACAACAGCAAUAACAGCAAUAAUGACCACGAAUUGAGGAUCCAUUUAUGUCAUCAACCUAAAUUUUCAGUGUAUUUCUUCAAUGGGUUAAAUUCAACAACUAAUCAAUGGUCAAUCUGUGAUGAUUUCAGUGAGGGACAACAAGUCAGUCGAGCUUAUUCAAGUUCAGUUGAUCAAGAAUAUCGAUUUAAGGAUUUUGAUCCUAAAACUGGUGACGAAGAGGAAGGAGAGCAUGAAAAAGAAGCAAACUCAGAUGUACCUCACGUGCUUGUUGGAUCAAAGAUUGCCCUUAACUAUCUCAGCACCUAUAUAAGUCAGAGCAUAGUGGGGUUAAAUAAUCACAACAACAAUUGCAGCAACUACAAUACACCAAAUACUUCUGCUGCUGCUACUGCUGCUGCUGCCACCUCCACAACCGCUGAUGUGAAUAAUUCUCAAUUUGGUAUACCAAAUAUGACAUCGAUUCCACCCGAAACCAUUGCCUCAAUGAAACAUCAUUCAUUUGAUCUUGGUGUUCCAUCCAGCGGACAAGAUUCCCAAUCAACCUGGCCCUAUGAGUUGUCGUCGUUGGCUUUGAACAUUGACACCAACAACAACACCGAUUCCCACCACAACCACAACAAUGUUUCAUUCUCAUCACAACAGAAUAUGUCAGUACCUAGCUCAGCAACAGCUACAGCUGUAACCACAUUCAAUGGACUGCCCUUUUCAACCACUUCCAACCAAUUUUAUCUCGCAGACACACCACAAUCUUCACAAUCAUUUGGUAAUUACAAUAACAACAAAUUAGAUCCUUUGAAUUUCACCACCACCAACAAUAUCAAAACUACUUCACCGGAAGAUGUGCUUUCAUUAUCAAGUGAUCAUCAACAACAACAACAACAACAACAACAACAUCUCAACUUUGCUGGUACUGGUGUCAAUGGUGCUACACCAUUGGGAAUGACCAAAGAUUCGAUAACAACUGCCUAUAUCCAUGGAAACCACCAAACUAACAAUGCAGUUGGGUUAUCUGACUCUGUACCUUACUUGAACAACAAUGAUUUUGACCAUAUCAAUCUUAUCAGUGGCGAGAAUGGAGCAACACCAAGUCUUGAAUAUGAAUCGUCUCAUAUCGAUUUCAUCGAUUUCACUAGUUGA